AUGAGAAAUGCUAACCAUCUCUUCUUGCAUCUGUCUGUCCUACAGGAAGCCAUCAUGGGCUCUGGGUUCGACUCCGGCAUGGGACGACCAGGUAGCCCUGGGCCAAAGGGAGACCUCGGCCCCGAAGGGCCCCCUGGCAUGAAAGGGGACAGGGGAAUACCGGGAGAGAAGGGGGACCGUGGCGAAGCUGGAGCCAAGGGGUACAAAGGAGACAGGGUGAGUUAG